AUGGUUAACAAGUCCAUGCGGUGUGCGAAAAACGCCGCUGAGAGCGAUUCUGCACGUCUCUGUGCAUACGCCGAAGCAGAAACCACAGCAACUGGUGUCUCAUCGGUUGCUGAUGCAACUCAGCCUGUGUCACCUGGUGAUGCAGGCGCUGGUCAUGAAGACACUCAUGUCUUCACAGAGUAUGAGCUCGGAGUCUCAUACUCUCCUGAUACGGAAGACGGAUCUGUAUCGAAGGCGGUUGAAACCAAGCCGCCUGCCAAGCGCGGAACAAUUGAUACACGCGUCGUAGCAUCUUUGAUACGUCUGAUGAAUCAGAUGAACCAUCGCCAAAGCGUAGGCGCUCGAGGUCGCGAGACUCGGGCGCUAACAGUGGUGUCGGCUCUCCUGUUGACACCACUUCGCAACGAGGUGCCAGUCCUUCUGUCGGCACGUCGCAGGUAG